AUGAACAAUCACGAGAAACUGGAAAAAGGUUACUCUACGCAGCGUCCUCCUAUGUUCAAUGGAAAAUUCUACACCUAUUGGAAAAACAAGAUGGAGAUUUUUAUCAAAGCCGACAACUACCAGGUUUGGAGAGUGAUCGAAGUUGGUGAUUUCAAAAUUACCAAAACUACUGGUGAAAAUGAGGUAAUACCUAAACCCAUGUAUGAAUUUGAUAAGGAAGAUUUUGAGAAAAUGGAAAUUAAUGCACUUGCUGUUAAAUUACUUCAUUGUGGACUUGGACCCAAUGAACACAACCGUGUUAUGGGUUGUAAAAAUGCUAAAGAAAUUUGGGAUUUACUUCAAGUCACUCAUGAAGGAACUAACGAAGCGAAACGCUCUAAGAUUGACUUGCUUAUGUCAAAAUAUGAACGGUUUGAAAUGCAACCAAAAGAAUCAAUUCAAGAAAUGUUAACUAGUUUUACUAACAUUACUAAUGAGCUUGUUUCUCUUGGAAAGCAAAUCCCUAUUGAUGAGCAGGUCAGAAAAGUUCUAAGAAGCCUCCCCCAAGAUGAGAGAUGGAGAGCCAAGGUAACAGCCUUACAAGAAACAAAGGACCUCACAAAGUUCAAUAUUGAGCAACUUGCUGGUUGCCUCGUAACUCAUGAGUUGCACCUAGGAACAAGCAACAGUGAAGGAAACCGAGGAAAAGGCUUCGCUCUCAAAGCUGGAGAUCAAGAAGACUCUGAAGUCGAUGAAGAAGAGGCUGCUAUGCUGGUGAGAAGGUUCAAAAGAAUGUUCAACCGAAACAACAAGUCAAGGAACUUCACCAAGAAACCCUCUACUUCAAAAGCUGACUCUGGUUGUCACAAAUGUGGAUCUCUAGAACACUUUAUUCGUGAGUGUCCACUUUGGGAUACAGAGAAAGGUAAAGGGAAGGCAAAGGAACAAGUUAAGAGAAACUACAACAAAACUCCUUUCAAUAAAACAGACAUUAGGAAGGCUAUGAUUGCUGCCUGGGGAGAUUCUGAAAGUGAGGAUGAAGAGAAACAACCUGAAGAAGAAACAGCUCAUCUAUGUCUGAUGGCCAAACGUGAUGAAAAGGCUUACAACGAUGAGCUUGCUAAAGAGGUAUUCCUUGAUCCUAAUGUGCUUAAAACUUAUACUAAAGAUGCUCUCAUUGAUUUAGUGUUUGAAUUGGAAGAUGACUGGACUCACACUAGUAUUCGUCUAGGUGAAAGUCAAAGAGCUCUCAAAGUCUGCAAGGAACACAGUACGUGGAUUAAGAAUCAACAAACUGAUGUUCAAAGUAGAUUUUUUGAACUUUUUGAUAAAAAUCUUCUCUUAAAAGAAAUGAAUGAGAAACUCAAGUUUGAGAAUAUCAUGGUUAAUGUAGAACUGACUCAAUACAAAAUUGCUAAUGCUGAAGUGUCUCCAAGUUCCUCCUCUGAAUCUUUGCCUAAAUUUAAUGAGGAUUUUGAAAAAUUAAAAUAUGAUCUUGACGAGUUAAGAAUUGAAAAGGAAAAAUUGGAGAAGGAACUUGAGCUUCGAAAAGAAAGAAGCAUUAGCCAGUUUGGAAUUCCUAAGUGGAUUGAGAAUGCUCAAACCAAAAGAACUGAAGGUCUAGGAUUCAUACGUUCUAAGCAUAAGGGCAAGAAAAAAUAUGUAGACCUGCCUAGUUAUAAAGUAUGUACCUUCUGUGGUAAAACUGGUCAUCUUGUUGCCAUGUGUAGCAAGAAGGAACAGUCUGUUAGCAAGAAUGUUAGGCAAGUUUGGGUAAAGAAAUCUGAUAUUGCUUCAACGUCCAAGGAACCCAAGGAAACCUGGGUUCCUGAAUCUAACCAAUAA